AUGGCCUCUGCUGCACGGUCAGCACUGACUGCUGCCGGAAACAUUCGAGUAGUCUACGUUACGGCUCCAUCGAAAGAAGUCGCGGUUAAAAUUGCCAAAGCUGCGGUGGAACGCAAGGUGGCAGCCUGUGUGAACAUCAUCCCUGGAGUGACGUCUGUAUACGAAUGGCAAGGAGAACUGCAUGAAGACCCAGAAGUAGUGAUGAUUAUCAAAACCCGUGAGGCUCUUGUUGAAGAUCUUCAUAAGGUCGUCAUGGAAAACCAUACGUAUGAUGUGCCCGCGUUUGUAUCACUUGCAACGGAUGCCGUUUCGUUCCCAUACGCUCAAUGGCUUCUUGAACAGACUGGUGGUGCCAAGACGGAUACGUCCAGUGGGAAGCAUUCCGAGACCUGA